AUGCCGCUUUCCGCGCCACAGACCUCGUAUCCGCUUUCUUACGCUCAGGGUACUCGGCGACGCAAGUUCAAGAGCUCACGGCUGAUACCAGGAGAGUAUGACGAGAAGCCAUGGCUGCAGGACAAAAUUCCGAAAAGAGAAUGGGAAAGGGUCAUCUUCUGGGCUGGCAUCGUGCUCGGAUUUGUCAUUGGUGGCGCCAUCUGCUUCCUAUCGUGGAUCAAUGUAAUGAGUGGAGAGUUUUGCCUCAUGCACGAGGACGAUUUCAGUGCAGGUAUUGACGACAGCACGUGGAACUUCGAGAUUCAACGUGGUGGGUUCGGCACCGGUUCCUUCGAAUGGACCACCGACGAUCCGAAGAAUAUCUUCACCGAUGCUGAAGGUCUACACAUCGUGCCCACCCUGACCACCGAAAGCACGAAUAUCACGCUCGACCAGAUGUACGACAAAUACGUCGUGAACCUCACCACAGACGGCACAUGCACGCACCCGCGUCUGGACAUUGACUCCUGCUCCAUCCGCAGCAACGUGACCGCCGGCGCCAUCAUAAACCCGGUCCGUAGCGCCCGCAUCAACACCAAAGGCAAGAAGACCAUCCAAUACGGCAAGGUCGAAGUCGUCGCCAAAAUGCCCAAGGGCGCCUGGCUGUGGCCGGCCAUCUGGAUGAUGCCCGACGCCGACGUGUACGGCGCGUGGCCGCGCAGCGGCGAGAUCGACAUUGCAGAGAGCAGAGGCAACUACGGCGACUUCUACCCGGACGGCCGGGACAGCGUGAUCAGCGCGCUGCACUGGGGCCCGCUGCCCGAGGCCGAUGCAUUCUACAAGACCAGCGGCAAGCACAACGUCCGCCGCACGGACUACACCGAGGGGUUCCAUACGUUCGGCCUCGAGUGGACCGAGGACUACCUGUUUACGUACCUGGAUAGCCGGCUUUUGCAAGUAUUCUUCAUCAAGUUUAACCACGGCUAUAAGCGCAUGUGGGACCGCGGCGGCUUCGGCGAGAAAAAGAUCAACAAGUCGGCCCUCUUCGAUCCGUGGUCGGCGACAGGAAGAGCGAACACGCCUUUUGACCAGUCCUUCUACCUCAUUCUGAACGUUGCUGUCGGCGGUACCAACGGCUUCUUCGAGGAUGGCGUCGCUAACAAGCCCUGGGUCGACGCUAGCAUUAACGCCCCGAAAGAGUUUUUCGACGCCCGCGAGCUGUGGCGUCACACGUGGCCGGAUAGCACUGAGAGGGGGAUGACGGUGAGGAAUGUUAAGAUGUGGAGGCAGGGAAAGUGUUAA